CUAGUUUGUUCCGCACAGCCAACACGGUUAGAUCGUGCCUACCGGGACCACAGACACUUAUUUGUCAACAAACAUGUAAACCGUGUCCUCGAAUAUGGUGCUCAUAAUUCUUCUUUUGCCCAAAUCAGGCACGGUGUAAUUGUAUUGCAAUUAUUAUUUUUUACACAAAACAGAUGCUCCUGUUGUGGGGACGAGGAGUGGAACUGAAAACCGUGUACUCAAAUCCCUCCACGAACGGUACGAGUACCCAGGCAACGGCCGCCCAGGUGCCGCCCAAGCGUUACGCCGACAACGACGGGAGUAUGACGACCAACGGCGAUUUCUACGGGAUAGAGUUCUACGCGCCACCGCUGAUCCACCGCGACCUCUUGACCCCGACCGUAUUCAAGCAACAACCGUCGCGACCGGCCGCGUACCAGCUGCACAGGGAAAUGCCUCAUCCUCCACAAUCCCAUCAGCAGCUCCAACAACAGGCGCAACUACUUCAGCAGUUCCAGCAACAGCCACAGCCACAGCUACAGCACCAGCCACAACAACAACAGCACAGCACCGUGCCGGACACCAAUCCGAUCCUGAUGAACCCGCUGUUCUACGACGAACCGGUGACCAGCCGAUACCCGCCCCAGCCGCGCCCCGUGGCCCGGGUGAUCAAAUACACAGAGCCGGGACCGGGCGGCGGGCUACAGUUGCCGUUGUUCGCGGCCGAAGACGAACCGUUACCGGAAAGUCUUUCUCCGGGUGUUCAGUACGCCGUACACAGAAAACCAGUGGCCACUGUGCCGGCACCGCCGCAUUACGUGUUGCAGCGACACACCACGCCGGUGCAGGGCCCACUGCACCAUUAUCAUCAUCUUCAUCGUCCCGUGCACCGGAGGUACCCUCCACAUUACGGCUACGGCGGCGACGUCCGUUACACGCACUUACCGGUCGUGUAUAACGUGCAGGCACCACCGCCGCUGGAUCCCGGCGAAUACGACCUCGUGACCAGGUUCAACAGACUGUUGAAGCAACGAGAACGGGACGGCCAACGUGAAGAGGCCGAAGGCGAAGAGGAAGAGACGACUCGGCCGGCCAAGAGAAAAAAAAAGGUGAAGAAAAGAAAGAAAAAGAAGUCGGCGCCGCCACCGCCGCCGCGUCCGCCACUGAUAGAGGAUGAAAUAGAAGAAGAGACGGAAAAACCGUUUGACGACGACCGGCACGAGCAGCAACAAGAAGAACCUUCGGCCGAAGAACAAGAAACACAAAACAUACAAACGAACGAACAGCUACCAGAAGAUAUGAUAAUUCAAGAAGACCAAUUGCAGAAUGUAGAACAACCCGACCCUAUGACUGAACAUUUUAGCGAAGACUUGAACUUCCAAGACGGUGGCGGCGAAAGAGUAGAGUUUCAGAUGCACGGCAUGGGAGGUCCGGAAUCGUACAAGUUCGGCUACGACACCGGCAAAGGAAUGAACAGACAGUUUCGGUACGAGGAGAGAGACUCCAACGGCCACGUCCGCGGUCAUUACGGGUACCGUGACAAUGAUGGUAAAUUGCAAAUGUACAACUACACGUCUCAUCCACAAUUGGGAUACAACGCGCAAAAAGUCGAAAUCCCCGAAACGUGAAUGAUCCACUCCCCCCUGAUAUAUUGUACAUAUAUCAUUUUGUCUACGCAGUAAUAAACAGUAUACUAUAUUAUUUUGUCGAUAACAUCACCGCCACUACCGGAAAUCCUAGUGCUAUCCCUAUAUAUAUGUAUAAGUAUUCCCCGAGGAUUGUCUAAUACAGGAAUGAUAAAUUUGUGAUCGUUCUGCAGGUUUACUGAUCCAAAACUUGCCUUAUACAAGGUCACGUCUCGCGGGACAAUCAAAUCCUACUGACGAUAUUUUAAAGUCACCUUGCACGGUUUCCAGGAAUAACGUUAGGACUUCCGGUGUCGUUAGGGUAGUGGUUAUACGGUGAUAUGGAUUCCAUUACUCGACGAUAAAUAAUAGUUUAGUUUAGAUUAGACGUGUAAAAUUAUAGUUGUAUUGUAUUUAACAAAAUAUGUAAUGUGAUAUUAUAUGUAUACUA